CCAAAGAGCUUAUAUUUCUACACGCCAAAAAGUCUUUAAAAACUAAUUUAACAUUUUAAAAACAUCAACCAAUUCCACAAUCCAACUAUCAUAACUCCCUCCUUUCUAAUUUUAGCUCCAAUGGAGUUCAAACUUACUGGAUUUCACUUCUUCUGCUUGCUAUUUUCAUUCAUCUUCUCCAUUACUCAUGCUAAAUUAUAUCUCGAUGAUUCGGAUUAUAAAGCCUUCAAAAUUAUCCAAAGAGAUUUGGGUAUAGAUGAUCACCACCCUUCUUUUACAUCCACUCCUUGCAACUCUCCUGCGGUAUCCUGUGAACGGAGAGUUGUAAAUUACACAAAUGUUCUUAAGAUUACUCGAAUCGUUUAUAAUUCCAAGCAGCUUGAUGGGUUCAUAUCCCCGGAAAUUGGUAGACUCUCGGAGCUUAAAGAGUUGAGUUUGAUCAACAAUUAUCUUGUUGAUCAAAUCCCAGAGCAAAUAGUUAAUUGCAAGAAACUUGAAGUUCUUAAGCUCAAGAAUAACCGGUUUUCUGGUUAUGUACCAUCAGAAUUAUCCGACCUUGUUCGUCUUCGAGUGCUUGAUCUUUCGAUGAAUAAACUUUCAGGGGACUUGAGCUUCUUGAGGUACUUUCCAAAUUUAGAAAGUCUCUCACUGGCUAAUAAUCUUUUCACUGAAAAAGUUCCUGCUGCUUUGAAGUCAUUUAGGAAUUUGCAGUUUUUUGACAUUUCUGGAAAUGAUUAUAUUCAAGGCCCAUUUCCUGAUUUAAAAGGGGUUGAAUAUAUAUCAUCUUCACAAGUGUCAAGAAAAAGCCUUAUUUCAAGAAGAUUCAUUCAAGAGCAAAAUACAAGUAGGAGCAAUCAUAGUUCCCCUGCUGCUCGUCAUAGACAAAGCUCGGGUCCUGCACAAGCUCCUUCCCCAUUGCCCCCCAAACACAAGAAGCACCACAAGAAUAAGCUAGCGGUAUGGCUGCUCGGCUUCCUUGUGGGAGGUGCUGUAGGGGGAAUAUUCGGGGUGAUAUUCUCGUUGUUAUUGAAGACAUGUUUGGCUAUCAUAUCUGGUAGUAAAAAGGGUUCGGGACUUGUCAUCUUCAGUCCGCUUAUUAAGAAAGCAGAGGAUCUUGCUUUCCUAGAAAAUGAAGAAGGGUUGGCGAACUUGCAGGUGAUAGGAGAAGGUGGAUGUGGUAAAGUAUAUAAAGCGGAGUUACCAGGCAGUAAUGGGAAAAUCAUAGCUAUAAAGAAAGUUUCAGAACCCCCAAAAGAUGCGGCAGAACUCACCAAAGAAGAUAGUAAAAUGUUGAAUAAGAAAUUGCGUCAAAUUCGAUCUGAAAUACAAACUGUAGGUAAAAUCAGACACCGGAAUUUGCUAGCAUUGCUAGCUCAUGUCCCAAAAGCAGACUGUCAUUUACUCGUGUACGAGUAUAUGAAAAAUGGUAGUUUGCAAGACUUAAUAGUUAAACUUGCACAGGGAAACGCAGAGUUAGAUUGGUUUUCUCGGUAUAGGAUAGCACUUGGAGUGGCCUCUGGACUUGAAUAUCUCCAUGUAAGCAGUAACCCCAGAAUCAUUCACAGGGAUCUUAAACCUGCCAACAUACUUCUUGAUGCUGAUAUGGAGGCACGGAUUGCAGAUUUUGGACUUGCCAAGGAAAUGUCAAUUGAGAAGACCCAUAUCUCAACCUCAAAUGUUGCAGGAACAGUAGGGUAUAUAGCUCCGGAGUAUUACCAAACUAACAAGUUCACAGAUAAAUGUGACAUAUACAGUUUCGGGGUGGUUCUUGGAUCUCUGGUGAUAGGAAAGCUACCUGGGGAUAACUUCUUUCAAACUACACAUGAGUUUAGCCAAGUAAAGUGGAUGAGGAAUGUCAUAACAUCAGAGGAGCCACAGCAAGCAAUUGAUCCUAAGCUGAUAGGAAACGGGUAUGAAUCACAAAUGCUUCAAGUGCUAAAAAUUGCUUGCUUUUGCACUCUUGAUGACCCUAAACAAAGGCCGAACAGUACGGAUGUCAGGGCUAUGUUGUUUCAAAUCAGUCUGUAAAAUAAGUUUAGCAAUAUGUUCUAUAAGAAUGAUAACUAAUAGCCUAAUACAGUAUGAUCUCUACACUAUGAAAAAACAUCUAGUGUACUUUACAUUUGGUUGAUCAUUAUGUAUUUGAAUCAAAAGAGUCUAUAUAAUUUGAAACGCAAAAAAUAUAAACUACGACUUUGAUAAAUGAAACCAAUUAAAUCUUUUACUGCUA